UGUGUCAACAUGUUCUUUGCUGCAACUGCAAAUGAAGAAAGUACAUUGAGCAAAACUUCAUAUGCAUUUUUUCUUUUAAUGCAAGCGAUAUUGAGUAAGGGGGGAAUUGAACUCAAAGCCUUUGAGUGUAGGGAGUGCGUAUGCCUUUAACCAACUGAGUUAUAAGCGUCUUGCAACAAACAUCAUAUGCUUAAUCAAUAUUACAACUUGAGAACAUAUUUUGUAACAUGAAUAGAGGUUCUGUUUCUCAUGAUUUGGGUUUAUUUCCAACCCUAGGAGUCUCCGAUUGUCGCGGUAAUGGAAUUGGAGGCCAAAAGGGUUGGAGCUCGGAGCGUGUGCCGUUGCCGACAAGCAGUGGACAGAGGCAUAUCGUCAACGGGAACACUUCUUUGAUGGGGUUGAGUAACGGUGGGAGGACUAUGCCUUCAAAAUGGGAGGAUGCUGAGAGGUGGAUAUGCAGCCCCGUGAUCGGAUAUGGGGAGAGCAACAAGAGCUCACACUCUCAGGAUCAGCAGAGGAGGCCUAAGUCCAUGAGUGGUCCAAUUGUGCCUCCUUCUGGGGUUGUACACUACUCGAACUAUUCGCCUGCAAAUCCGGCAUUUGAUGGUGGCAUUGUGAGAAAUUUCAUGAUUGCUUCGCCAUUCUCAACGGGAAUUUUGGCUGCUGAUAGUGUCUCUCUUCUCUAUGGUGGGAGUGGAGGAACGGGAAGACCAAGUAGUGUGCUUGGAUUGUCUGAAUUGCAAAAUGAGAAACUGGAUACAAAAAAGUCUGCGGAGCCGGGAAUUCCUCGAGCUGUUUCGCAACGAGACAUGGCAACCCAAAUAAGCCCGAAGGGCUGCCUCCACUCACCACCACCUCCUAAUAGGAGGUCAUCAUUUGCUCCAUCGUCUCCAAAUCUCAUUUCCAUUGUGGAGCAGCAGCACGACCAUUUUGCCAAAUUGGAGGUCAGGGAAGUGCGGGUAGACAAUGGAACCAAUGUUACUAAGGGGUCCAGAACUAGAGGACGUGGAAGCAACACGAAAGGACCGCCGGAUGUUUAUGAUUUUGACAAAAUUGCUAUCGAAAAUCAAGCUUCAUCUUUUGAUGCUGCAGAUGCAGCUAUGAACAUUUCAAGGUGGCAAAGAGAGGAAGCCAAGAUCACUGCAUGGGAAAACUUGCAGACGGCAAAAGCUGAAGCAGCAUUAAGAAAACUUGAGAUGAAAUUGGAAAAGAAGAGAUCGUCGAUGAUGGAUAAGAUCACGAAGAAGUUGAGAAAUGCACAAGUUAAAGCUCACAAAAUGAGAAGCUCAGUGCCAACGAAAGACAACGAGCAAGCUCCCAAAACUUCCGAGAAGGCUCGUCCCCUUGGUAAACAUGUCCGGAUGGGUUCCCUACGCAGUUGCUUCACCUGUGAUGCUUCCUAAUUCUUUUGGCCUUUUACCAUGUCAUUUUGGUUCUGCGCAUAAUGCAUUGCAUUCCCAAUGAUCA